AUGGAACUUAAUUUCGAGAAGAUUCAGCGGCCGGGAUUCGUCCCAGAUGGAUUAUCUGAGGCCAGCGAUAUUGAAGAGGAUGAUGAAGAUGGAUUUGCGAUUAACGAUUUGGAUGAUGAUGACGUUGAGAAUUCUUUUGAGCUACCGAUUAGAGCUAGUCCUUACCGUUUUAACAAUUUCUCAGCUUUAAACGACGACUGGAGAUCAUUUCGUCGUGGCAAUAGCGGUAUUAAUAAAAGGGUUAGGUUUGACAAUGACAGAAACAACAAUGGUGAUGAAGACGGUAGAAAUAGAAGCCAAUCAGACUCCCCAAAGGGUAAGAAAAACGUAGAAGAGCUAUUACAGUAUGCUAAUCGGGUUAAUGAAUACCUGGCCCUAAAUUUGGAGAAAAUCGACAUGUUUAGAUCAGAAUUAAUGGAUAGUGAUGGUAUGCCCUACAAAUCAAUCGGUAGUGAAACGACACUAGCAACCACAGCAACCACGGCUUCUGGGUCAGUCUCAAAUUUUGAACUGAGUGAAAGCGAAAUGGACGAAGACAAGAUCAACCUGAAUAGUAGUGUUAGCGGUAUAUCUUCCGAUUCUGAACGAGCUUGGGAAAAGACACCCUUAUCACAGGACUCUGGGAGAGAUGAACUAAGAAUACCGUCAUUCGAACAGAUUCUGCAGCACGUACGAAGAGCCAAUGAACGGGAAGGAGAGAAGGAAACGACUGAAAAUGAGGAUAAUAUCUCUUCAAUCACAAAUUGCGAGACCAUGGAAACUUCACAGGCUAUCGAAAUUUUUCAAAAUACCAUCAAUUGCAUAUUGCACAUGUCCCAAGCACAAGAUCAACAAGAUGUUCCAAAUCCUCGUGAUUGGGAUUUUAAUCAGUUCUCUAUGAAAAGCAUGCCAACGGUAACCUAUCAAGAAUUUAUCACAAGGAUUCAAACCAAAUGUACCUACAGUCCAGCAGUGUUUUUGGCAUCUGCCUUUCUCCUACAAACGUUAUGUCUAAUGAGAAAUGAUAAUAAUGGUGAACUAUGUCUGAGGCACCGGUUGCAAGAUUCACAGAUUCAUCGUUUAGUAAUUGCCUGCGUUCGUAUUGCCACCAAAAUAAUGGAGGACCAUGUACAUUCUCACCAGUAUUUUUCCAAAGUUUGUGGAAUUUCGAAGAGACUUCUCAGCAGACUAGAAAUAUCUCUAGUGACUUGCUUAAAAGACGAACAAUUUAUGGUCACAAGAGAAAGACUAGCAGCUACCGCCAAGAUUAAAGAUGAACUUGUGGCUUGCGAAUCCAACCAGUCUUGA